AUGGAGGGCCAACUGCACCGAGCUUUGAGGUGCUUGUGUUCUAACACCGGGUGGAAAUAUGCUGUUUUCUGGAGGCUCAAACAUCGGGCACGAAUGAUGUUGACUUGGGAGGACGGAUAUUAUUACAAUGGUGAGAACCAAGAGACAAAGUGCCCGAGUGGUUCUGCGAGUAACUUGCAGGUUGGGCAAUGCUCACGAGAUCCUCUUGGAAUAGCUUUGGCGAAGAUGUCUUACCAUGUUUAUUGCCUGGGGGAAGGGGUUGUUGGGCGAGUUGCUGUUACAGGCCAUCAUAUUUGGAUUGCUACUGAUAAACUAGCAGUUGGUCUUGGUGCUGAAUUUGAGAAUGAUGGGUGGCAAGCACAGUUCUCAGCUGGAAUCAGAACCAUUGCUGUUGUGCCUAUUGUUCCUCAUGGAGUUGUACAGCUUGGCUCUUUGGAUAAUAUUGCAGAGGAUUUUGAACUGCUGAAUCAUAUCAAGGAUAUUUUUUGUAAGCUGCUAAAUUCUUGGGCUGGCGAGCCUUCAUAUCUGAAGCCUAGCUUCAUGGGAAAUUCUUCUCAGUCAGAUGUAACAAGUGUGACUUGGGGGUCAGCGUUUCAGCAUGAUUGCUUACAGCAUUUAGAUAGGAACAUCAAUGUGGAUGAAAAAAGUUCUUGGUCUUCUUCAUAUUCGUCUACUAUGAAAUCUGGUCAUAGUUUUUGCAACGUGUCUUUACCUCAGAGCUAUGAAAAUAAAAGGGUGGAUACAGUUGUUAAGCAUGAAGAACUGCAGAACUCAGAAUCACAUACUGGUACAAGUGUUAAUAUGCCUAUGCCAAUAUCUGAAAGUGGCUCAAUGGAGAAGUUGAACCACGAGGAGUUGAGGACAAGUGGAGACACCAAGUUUGAUGGACAAAAUAGUGGUUCUGGAGCCCUGUCAAGGAGUUCAGGAAAUAGGAUUGAGUCAUCGACAAACAACCUUUGCAGGAAAAACAAUUUGGGUGAUGGUGCUCCUUUUUCUGUGAAUUCAGACGUAGAAAUGUCUCACCAUAUUCCGGGAACCAGUUCUGCAGCUUUUAAUGUGGAAGGAGGGACAUUAUCUGUACCCAAGCUCCCCUCUAAGCAUCUGCAUGAAGAUCUUUCAGAUACGAUGCACAUGCCUUUGAGGUUUUGUGCAGGUUAUGAACUUCUUGAAGCACUGGGGCCUGCUUUCCAGAGACAAGACAGCCACUGUGAAUGGGAUGCAGAAAAAAAUGAAACUAUGAUGGCCGUCGAUGUUUCAGAAGGGGUGGGCAAUAGCAGCUUGUUAACUGUGAACACUGGGUCUGAGUAUCUUCUUGAUGCAGUGAUUGCUAAUGUUCCCAGAAGUGAUGGAAACAAAAGUGAGAAACCAUUUUGCAAAUCAGAGUUACCCUCGGAUCCUGAAAAGGUCGCAGAACCUAGCUCAAGUGACAUGGGAUCUAUAACCUCAGCUGGUUACUCUUUUGACAGGGGUGCACUCAGCAGUUUCAGUUCCUCAGUUGCGAGUGGUCUUAACUACUCGAAAGGCCUUUCAUCAACAAGCUCUAGUCGGGGCAGUGAAACGCUGGGGAGGCCACAAGAACCAAAUAAAAUGCAAAAGAAGAGGGCCAAGCCUGGUGAGAGCUGUAGACCAAGGCCGAGGGACAGACAAUUGAUCCAAGAUCGUAUAAAGGAGUUGCGAGAACUUGUGCCAAAUGGAUCUAAAUGCAGUAUUGAUUCACUUUUGGAGCGAACUAUCAAGCACAUGGUAUUCAUGCAGAGCAUUACAAAGCAUGUAGAAAAGCUCAGUAAAUGUCCUGGAUCAAAGUUUAUGGAUCAAGAAGUUGGCUUGCGAGGGUCCCCCUGCCCUGAGCCGGGUUCAAGCUGGGCAGUGGAAGUAGGAAGUGACCUUAAAGUUUGUCCAAUCAUUGUUGAAAACUUAAAUAUGAAUGGCCAAUUGCUUGUGGAGAUGCUCUGUGAUGAAUGCAGCCAUUUCCUUGAAGUAGCAGAGGCUAUCCGGGGCAUGGGAUUGGCAGUUUUGAAAGGAGUAACAGAAACCUAUGGUGAGAAAACAUGGAUGCGUUUUGUGGUAGAGGGGCAGACUAAUGGAAACGUGCAUCGAAUGGACAUAUUAUGGUCACUUGUGCAGCUAUUGCAGCCUAAACUGAAGACUUGA